AACGUCCACGAUGUUGAGCAAAAACAAAAACCAAAUUUGCUCACGUCACCACACCAGCCACAACUUUAGAGCGCGCUCCGCUUUUCCCGCGGUUUAUAAGCGGCGCGUCGCCGCUCGAUCUCCCGCUCCAUUCGUCCGGGCAAGAAACACACGAAAGAAAAUCCACCAAUAAUUUAUAAUUGCAAACCUUGCGGCCUUCCAAUUCCAAGCAUGCAACGCCACGGCGCCGCCUGCAGCAUUGCGUGCCACCACGGCGCCGGCGUGUUCGUGCUGCCGCAGGUCUACGAUCCUCGCGCCACGCAUGGGCAGUACGACUUGGCCUCGCUGUCGGACAUGGUGGCUCCAUACACUGACUACAAUGGCGGCAACCCCGCCGUCGGAUGGGCGCCUCCGGAGGUGGACUCGGUGGACGAUGACGGUCGGGCGGCGCGCCGCGGCAACGGCGACGAGAGGAAGACGAGGCGGCUGGCGUCGAACCGCGAGUCGGCAAGGCGGUCGCGGGUGAGGAAGCAGAGGCGGCUGGACGAGCUGUCGUCGCGGGCGGCGCGGCUCCGGGCGGCCAACCAGCGGCUCCUCGUGGAGCUCAACCGCGUGCUCGCCGAGCACGGCCGCGUGGCCCGCGAGAGCGCCCGGCUCCGGGAGGAGGCCUCCGAGCUGCGGGGGAAGCUCGACGGGAUGGGGGUGGACGAGGCCGAUGAUGUUGCUCCGCAGAGCACAAAGGGCACCGGCAAUACGGCUUAGCUGCGCUAAUAAGAUAAAAAUGCGCAUGGGACUGAUUCAUGGCACGUAGCCAGGUGGACAUAAUACUACGUAGUUCUACUGUGGCGACCAAUUAUAUUUAUUUUUAUUCCUCGGUGAGGAAAUGGAA